AUGCGGUCGGUUCGUUCGUGUACUUGUAAAAUUCACGGUAACUCUUCUUCUUCUUCGCCUAUUUUACUUCCUACCUUCUUUGACAAAAUUUCUUCGAAAACUGAACCAGGUAGGUGGUUCCAAGAACAAUACUCAGGUUAUGGCAGGGGUGGCGAUAUUAUAGAGAACCUUGGCUCUAGUGAGUCAGCAUCAAAUGGAAACAAAACAUCCUCCAGGUUUCCAUUGAUGUUCACCUGGCAGAAAAAGAAGACAAACCUUUUUGUGGAUUCAGACUUUUUGACUUUACAGACUGAAAGUGGCAAUUCAAAGCUGGAACCUUUUUUUCAAUUAUCCAUCUCUAAAUUGAUGUCUGCAGAGUUUCUAUCUGAAAAUGAUGGAAAACCAGAAUCCAGUUUGAAUAUCCACUACAUCAAAGACUGCAAAGAGAAAAAACUAAUUCACAAUAUCUUGACUCUUUACGGAAGUGAAUCUGAUUGUUCUACCACAGCUGAAAUAAUAAACAACCUUUUGCUUUCUGUCCUCAAAAGGCCAAAGCGAAUUUUGGUAUUUGUCAAUCCUGAAAGUGGUCGACGGAAAGGGAAAAAAGUCUAUGAAAAAGUUGCCCCUCUCUUUAGCCUCUGCAAGAUUACAACAGAUGUAAUAGUGACAGAAAGGAAAAACCAUGCCAAAAACUUGUUGGGAACAUAUGACCUGAGCAAUAUAGAUGCGGUGGUGGUGGUUGGUGGCGAUGGUAGUUAUUUUGAGGUAAUCAAUGGGCUGUUAAUUAGAGUUCAGAAAGAGGCCAGCAUUAACAUGGACCAACCAGGUACAGAAUGGCUACCAUCAAAACUUCCAGUUGGUAUCAUCCCAAGUGGUACUGGUAAUGGAAUUGCUAUGACUCUUGAAGGCUAUGACCCAGUGACAGCAGCACUUUCUAUUAUUAUUGGAAAAUUACGAGAAAUGCCAACAUAUUCUAUCAACCAAAUGUCAACUGGUUUUCUCACUUUUGGUGGCCUUUUAAUGGGUUAUGGUGGCUUUGGAGAUAUGAUCUACAAGUCAGAGAGACAACGUUGGCUUGGUGUUAUGAGAUAUCCAGUUUUUUUAGUGAGUGGAAUAUUUACACUGAGAAAAUUUGAUGCUGAAAUUGAGUACAAGGAGUACUACCAAGAAGCAAGUACAAAAUCUACAGAACAAGAGGAAGAGGAGGAGGAGGAAGCAGAGGGUGAAGAGGAGGGAGAACUGACAAAAGAGAAAGUUAAACAAAAAGCCAAGGAAUCUAAGGAAAAAGUCAAAGAUGCCAAAAGGGCACAAAAGGCUCAUGAAAAGGCAGAACGAAAAAGUGAAGAAAGUGGUGAUAAAGAUGAUAUGGUUGCCUUACCUGCUGAUCCUGGUUGGGUGAAAUUUGGUGGUUGCUUUGUUGGCAUCUUUUUUUUCUCCAGCCUUGAGAAUCUUCCACAUGAUAAUCAAUUUUCUGAAGUCUCAGUUUGUAAUAAUACACUGGAAAUACUCAAACUUGGCUUUGAAAUGAUGAAAAAACUCAAGACACCUCCUGACUCAGUAAAGUCCUUCAAGACUCAAAGACUACGAAUCAAAAUUCUUCCAAAGAGAGAUAAUCAGGAAUGGAGCAACAUGGAGUUAUCCCUAAAUUGUGAUGGUGAAUCUAUUAUUAUGACACCUGAUCCUUGGAUUGAUAUCAGUAUUCAAAGGGGCUUAAUUCAAGCUUUCUGCUAUUGA